AGGUGUGCAGCUCAGGUUUGGUUCCCGGAGCCAGCCGGGCCCCUGCUGGGGGGAAGAGGAGGCACCAUGGGGUCAGGAGGACAAGUCCGGCUCCUGCUGUGGAAGAACUGGACCAUCCGCAGGAGGCAGAGGGUGCGUUUCUUCAUGGAGAUCAUGUGGCCUGUGAUGCUGUUCAUGGGUCUGGUGUGGCUACGGAGAGUGAAUCCCCUCUACCGCCAACACGAAUGCCACUUCCCGAACAAGGCCAUGCCUUCAGCUGGUGUCCUGCCGUGGAUCCAGGGAAUCUUCUGCAAUGCCAACAACCCUUGUUUUCAAUACCCCACCCGAGGUGAAUCUCCUGGCCUGGUGUCCAACUACAACAACUCCAUACUGGCGCGGUUCUACUCGGAUGCUGAAGAGCUCCUCUUCAGUGACCCGGAGUUCCUGCAGGUCGGUCGCCUCUGGAGGGAACUGAAUGCCAUGAGUAACUUCAUGGACACCCUGCGCUCUCAUCCGGAAAAGGUCUCAGGUAGAGGAGUGAUGGUGGAAACUAUCCUGAAGGACGAUGAAACUCUGACGUCAUUCCUGCUGAGAGACAUUCCUCUGACAGAGUCUGUGGUCUAUCAUCUAGUUCAUGCCCAAAUCAGGACCGAACAGUUUGCUUUUGGGGUCCCAGACUUGCAUCUAAAAGACAUCGCUUGCAGCCUGAACCUGUUGGAGCGAUUCCUCGUCUUCCAAAGCCGCCGAGGACUCUACGACGUCCGCAACGCCAUGUGCAUCCUCACCCCACAACGGCUGCAGAUCAUUGAGGACAAAUUCUACGCCAACGUGGACUUUUUCAAACUUUUCCGGCUGCUUCCCCGCGUACUGGAUAAUUACUCCGAUGGCAUCAAUAUUCACUUCUGGGUUCGGGUCGUGUCUGCCAUUUCAGACAAACUGGAAGAGCUGUUCAACAGAAACAGCUUCAGGGAGUUCAUGGAGGUCAUGACUCCCCUCUUCCAGAAGGAUCUGUCUUUCAGGCAGGUGAUGGCUGCCGCCUCCAGGCUGGUAUGUGGCUACACCGAAGGGGCUUUUUCCCGAGUCACCUCCUUUAACUGGUACGAGGACAACAACUACAAAGCCUUCCUGGGGAUCGGCAGCGGGAGGCCGAAGAGUGACUACGUGUAUGACAACAGCACCACUCCGUUCUGCAACGACCUGAUGAGGGACCUGGAGUCGCAUCCCGCCACCAGGCUUGUGUGGCACUCCGUGAAGCCGAUGCUGAUGGGACGGAUCCUGUACGCGCCAGACUCCCCGGCUGUCAGGCAGGUCAUACGAAAUGCAAACACUACAUUUGAGGAGCUGGAGAGGCUGAGGACGAUGGGGAAGGCCUGGGAGGAGGUAGCGCCGCAGAUUUGGGCUUUUUUCCAAGAUGGAAUCCAAGUCAGGAUGAUCCGGGAUACCAUCAACAAUCCAUCUGUGAUGGAUUUCAUCGACAGGAGUCUGGAAGAUGCACCUUUCUUCUCCAAACACUUCCUGAACUUCCUGCACAAUGGCCCACCAGAGAACCGUCCAUAUGACAUGCCUAACUUUGACUGGCGGGACGUCUUCCGCCUCAUCGACCGGGUCAUCCGGAUGCUCAAUCAGUACGGAGAAUGUAUCGUCCUCGAUAAGUUCACGGCUCUGCCUGACGAGGACGCCGUUACCCAUCGUGCCUUACAUCUGUUGGAGGACGGCAAGUUCUGGGCAGGCCUCGUCUUUAUGAACAUGUAUUCUUGGACUACUAAUGUUCCGCCUCACAUGAAGUUCAAAAUCCGCAUGGAUAUCGACACCGUGGAGCGCACCAAUAAAGUCAAAGACAGGUACUGGGACCCUGGACCCAGGGCUGAUCCAAUGGACGACUUGCGCUACGUUUGGGGCGGCUUCGCUUACCUGCAGGACAUCAUAGAGCACGGGAUCAUCAAGACUCAGACAGGAAAGGAGUGGCCUCUGGGUGUCUACCUGCAGCAGAUACCCUACCCUUGUUAUGUGGAUGAUCUCUUCAUGCUGACCCUGAACCGCUGUUUCCCCAUCUUCAUGGUCCUGGCCUGGGUCUACUCUGUAUCCAUGGUGGUGAAGAGCAUCGUUCUGGAGAAGGAGCUGCGCUUGAAGGAGACCCUGAAGGGCAUGGGGGUCACCAACGGUGUCAUUUGGUCUACUUGGUUUAUUGAAAGCUUUAUCAUGAUGGGCACCAGCACAGCUCUUCUCACAGUCAUCAUCAUGGGAGGGAGAGUACUGAACUACAGCAAUCCCGUCAUCCUUUUCCUCUUUCUGCUCACCUUCACCACGGCUACCAUCAUGCAAUGCUUCCUGCUGAGUGUCUUCUUCAACCAGGCCAACCUGGCUGCGGCUUGCUGCGGCAUCGUUUACUUCACCCUUUAUCUUCCACACAUCUUCUGCUUCGCUUGGCAAGACCACAUCACCAAAGACAUGAAGAUCCUGGUGAGUCUGCUGUCCCAAGUGGCCUUCGGCUUCGGUACAGAGUAUUUAUCCCGGUACGAGGAGCAGGGCAUGGGUCUCCAGUGGGAUAACAUCCGGACCAGCCCCCUGGAGGGAGACGAGUUCUCCUUCCUCACCUCCAUUUGCAUGUUGGGCCUGGACACGGUGCUGUACGGCGUUGUGGCCUGGUACCUGGACAAUGUCUUUCCAGGACAAUAUGGAAUUGGCCGCCCAUUUUAUUUCCCCUUCCUGCCUUGUUAUUGGCUCAACAGUGUGGCUCCAGCUUCAGGGAUUGACAACAUUGCGUCUGAUAAAAAAGGCUUCGAUAACCUGGCAAAAAAGGAACAAGUGGAGGUGCAGAAACAAGAGGAGGAAAAUGCUGAGAAGGAAAACUCCCAAGCCAAGGAUGCCAUCCCCUCAUGCGAGCACCACGAUGAGCGCGAGAGGCUGGGGAAGGAGGACCAGUCUGAAGAUGAGAGAAGCCACGAGAACGAUGAGCACUCCUUCUUUGAAGGAGAGCCAGAAGAUCUGGUGAAGGGAGUUUGUGUCCAAGACCUGGUCAAAGUGUUCAGCAGUUGCUCCCCACCGGCCGUCGAUGGGCUCAGCAUCAAUUUCUACGAGAGCCAGAUCACCGCCCUCCUCGGCCACAACGGAGCUGGAAAGACCACCACCAUGUCCAUCUUGACUGGCAUGUUCCCUCCCACCUCGGGGACGGCCACCAUUUAUGGCAAGGACAUCCGCACGGACAUGGACAGCAUCCGGCUGUCUCUGGGCAUGUGCCCUCAACACAACAUCCUCUUUCAGCACAUGACCGUGGCGGAGCAUAUUCUCUUCUACUCGCUGCUGAAGGGCAGCCCGGCGGCCGAGGCUCAGGAGGAAGUGGAGAACAUGCUGCAGGACCUGGGCCUUCCUCACAAGAGAGAUGAGCUGGUUCAGAACCUCUCAGGGGGCAUGCAGAGGAAGCUGUCAGUGGCCCUGGCUUUUGUUGGUGGAGCCAAGGUGGUGAUCCUGGAUGAGCCCACCUCUGGGGUGGACCCAUACUCCCGGCGCUCAAUCUGGGACCUCCUGCUCAAGUACCGCACAGGGCGCACGGUGAUCAUGUCCACCCACCACAUGGAUGAGGCGGACCUGCUGAGCGACCGGGUGGCGAUCAUCUCUCAGGGUCGCCUCUACUGCUGUGGAUCCCCCAUAUUCCUCAAGAACUGUUUUGGUGCAGGCUUCUACCUCACGCUCGUACGCCGCAUGAAGCACGACGCCCUCAAGCCCGGCUGUGACUGCACGCAGGACUGCUCCUGUCAAUGCUCCAAGUGUUCCAAGUUUAAAGCGGAUCAGGAGGAGAGUCAGGUCACAGACAGACAGAUGGAGGGUAACAUGGACAGCAUCGUAGCCUUGGUCCACCACCACGUGCCGCAGGCUCGUCUCAUCGAGACCAUCGGCCAGGAGCUGACGUUCCUGCUGCCCAACCGGAACUUCCAGCCCAGAGCCUACGCCAGCCUGUUCAGGGAGCUGGAGGAGACGCUGGUGGACAUCGGCCUCAGCAGCUUCGGCGUGUCCGACACGUCUCUGGAGGAGAUAUUUCUAAAAGUCACUGCAGACGGAAAUGCAACCAGCAAGAAAUUCAUCCAAGGGAUAAAAGCCUUACAAAAGAUUUCGCGAGCUAGUUUCUUUGGAUCCAACAGAGCUGCUGUUGAUGUGGAAGCACCCAAAGAGACGAACGGCCGGGGCCCGGGAGACGUCUCGGAGGACGGUGCGGGGAGGGGGUCGUACCAGGUCCGAGGCCUCAGUCUCACAAUCAAGCAGUUCUUUGCCCUGCUGAUCAAGAGGUGGCAUCACGCCACGCGCUCCUACAAAGACUUCAUCGCCCAGAUUGUGCUUCCAGCCAGCUUUGUUUUCCUGGCACUGACGUUCACGCUCAUCGUCCCACCGUUUGGAGAGUACCCCAGCCUGACCCUGUCCCCCUGGAUGUACGGCCGACAGUACACCUUCUUCAGCAAUGAGCAUCCCAUGGAUGCUCAGAUGAGAUACUUUGCGGAGGUGUUGUUGGAUAAGCCGGGUUUUGGGACUCGCUGUAUGGUGGACGAACCGCUGGAAGAUUUCCCUUGCAACAACAUCACCACUGAGUGGGAGAUGCCUCUGGUCAACCCUGCCCUGAUAGAAAUGCUGGAGGGGCCAGAGUGGGACUCGCUCAGGCCGUCUCCUGAGUGUCAGUGCAGCACGCCCAAGAAGCUCACCAUGCUCCCCGUGUGUCCCGAGGGAGCCGGAGGCCUGCCGCCUCCGCAGAGGAUCCAGUCAACAGGAGAUGUGCUGAUGGACCUCACUGGCAGAAACAUCUCUGACUACCUGGUGAAGACCUACCCUCGCCUGAUCAGAACCAGCUUGAAGAGCAAAUACUGGGUGAAUGAGCAAAGGUAUGGAGGUAUAUCAGUCGGGGGACGGCUCCCUGCGUUAGAGGUGGAGCCGAAGACCAUUCAGGAUGUAGCGGUUCAGCUGGGGCGGCUUCUCAACGUUACUGGGGGCGAAUACUGCAAACAAACAUACAAGGACGUGGGGACGUUCCUUAGGUACAUGGAAACUCCAAACAAUGUCAAGGUGUGGUAUAACAAUAAAGGUUGGCAUGCCAUGGUAUCUUUCAUGAAUGUGGCCAACAACGCCAUCCUGCGUGCAAACCUGCCCAGGGGAGCCAAUCUGGCCGAGUAUGGAAUCACCGCCAUCAACCAUCCUCUGAACCUGACCAAAGAGCAGCUCUCUGAGAUCACCGUCCUGACCACCUCGGUGGACGCAGUGGUGGCCAUCUGCGUCAUCUUCGCCAUGUCCUUCGUCCCCGCCAGCUUCGUCCUGUACCUCAUCCAGGAGCGGGUCACUCAGGCCAAACACCUGCAGUUUGUCAGCGGCGUCAGUCCACUGGUGUACUGGAUGGCCAACUUCCUCUGGGACAUGGUCAAUUACUCCAUCAGUGCAGCGUUGGUGGUGAAGAUUUUCCUCUUCUUUGAUAAGAAGUGCUACACGUCUCCGACCAACCUGCAGCCACUUAUUGCCCUGCUAAUGCUUUACGGCUGGUCUGUGACUCCGAUGAUGUACCCCAUGUCUUACGUGUUCAGUGUCCCGAGCACAGCGUACGUCUCCCUGUCAUGUAUCAAUCUGUUCAUCGGCAUCAACAGCAGUGCCAUCACCUUCAUCCUCGACCUCUUUGAAGGCACCUCGGCGCUGUUCAGAUUCAACCAGCUGUUAAAGGCGGUGCUGCACAUCUUCCCCCAUUACUGCCUGGGCCGAGGUCUCAUAGACAUGGCCAUGAACCAGGCCGUGACUGAUGUCUACACUCGCUUUGGGCAGGAGUACAGUCCAGAUCCCUACCACUGGAACUUCAUUGGGAAGAACUUGUUCUGCAUGGCUGUCGAAGGAUUUGUCUACUUCGUCCUCAACAUUAUCUUCCAGUACAGCUUCUUCCUGGAUCAGUGGGUUCCAGAUCGCCCAAAGCCUCAUAUUUCGGAGGAAGAUGUGGAUGUGGCGGAGGAAAGAACGCGAAUCCAGCGGAGCGAAAAAACAAGUGACAUUUUACGCAUAAAAGACCUGUCCAAGACGUAUGCAGGAACAAUCAUCCCUGCUGUGGACCGAAUCUGUGUCGGGGUGUCACCCGGAGAGUGUUUCGGUCUUUUGGGCGUUAACGGAGCAGGAAAGACCACCACAUUUAAGAUGUUGACAGGAGACAUACAUGUGACUUCAGGAGACGCCUCCAUCGCGGGUCACAGCAUCUUGACCAGUAUCCUGGACGUCCACCAGAACAUGGGUUACUGCCCACAGUUUGACGCCAUAGAUGAGCUGCUAACAGGCAGAGAGCACCUGCAUCUUUACGCCCGCCUCCGCGGAGUCCCAGAGUCUGAGAUCAGCAAGGUAGCAGAAUGGGCCAUCCAGAAGCUGGGCCUGUCAGAAUACGCAGGUCAAAGUGCAGGGACCUUCAGCGGAGGCAACAGGAGGAAACUCUCCACCGCCAUUGCCAUGAUAGGUUGUCCUGCUCUGGUGCUGCUGGAUGAGCCAACCACAGGUAUGGACCCGCUGUCCAGACGCUUCCUGUGGAACUCCAUAAUGAGCGUUAUUCAGGACGGACGAGCCGUCGUCCUCACAUCACACAGCAUGGAGGAGUGCGAGGCGUUGUGCACCCGCUUAGCCAUUAUGGUCAAUGGCUCCUUUAAGUGUCUGGGAACCAUUCAACAUCUCAAAUACACGUUUGGCGACGGCUACGUGGUUACCAUGAAGAUCAGGGCGGCUAAGCCCGGCUGCGCUCCGGACCUGAAUCCUGCCGAAGCCUUCAUGGAGGGCACCUUCCCCGGCUGCAUCCAGCGGGAGAAACACUACAACACCCUGCAGUACAAGAUCUCCUCCUCCUCUCUGGCCCGCAUCUUUCAGAUGGUCCUGGCCAACAAGGACAAGCUCAACAUCGAGGACUACUCGGUGUCACAGACCACUCUGGACCAGGUGUUUGUGAAUUUUGCCAAGCAACAGUCGAGGGAGGACGACGCCAUCGUGCUGCAUCCGAAAGCUGCCGGGGCGCAGCGCUAUAUCGACUCCAUGCCCAUCAAGUCUUUCAGGAAGUGAAGGCACCUCAGGGUUUUCACUGCUCUGUGGAUUUGUCUCCACAACACAGACGGCUCUCUCUCCGCAGAAUGACUGGUGUCGUCAUCUCCCAGAGACGGCGGUGCCUGAAUGGGCUCUGGACGUGACGGCCGCUGGUGUCGGACGCGUGCUCCACCUCACAAUGAAGCACCUGUAGUUGUCAGACUGAACUCGGAUAGACGUCGGCCUAUUAGGACUCGCUCUUCUUUGCUUUUCCAACAACAGGGUUAGUGAGCUUUACAUUUGGAAAGUGUGGAGCAUUUAUGUGCCUGCUGUACGUCCCACUUCCUGCUCACCCAGUAGGCCUUGUGAACCAAGAGAAGCAAACAUUUAGCAAUAAGAAAAGGACGGUGGCUUUCAGCGAUGACGCAUCACAGAGGGUUACAAGAACGCAUAGGUGCUCUGUAUUCUUUGCUUCAGAUGCCAAGCAAGAUUGAGUUUAUUUGCCUUUUUAAACAUGUAACAAACAAAAAAAAGCACUCAGACGCAUAAUUUUAGCACUUUAUUGAUCAGAAGCAUCACAGUUUGUACCAAGACGUUUGGUAGUAUUGUAGUGCAAUACGUCCGACAGUUAUUACAAAACCUCUCUGCUGCUGUCCCACUCAUCUCAAAUCACAGGGAUAUUUUUGUUUCUACAGUUUGUUCUGUUUCAUAUCUGCAUUUGAUCCUGCAUGUGUAACUUUCCUAAUCUGCCUGCAUCACACCAGCAACGAUGUAAUGAAAAGUAAUGUUUAUAUAACAAGUAUAAUUUUAAAUAAAAUUAUUUUUUUUGUGUA